UACAGUUCGCACAGAUCCAUCGAAGCAUCUCAACGGUGAAUUAUUCAUCGUAUUGCAUCAUGCUGUAUCGAUACAUAUUGAUUCUUCGUGUAAGUUUAGAACAAAUGUAUUCGUACAUCUUGGAAUUAGUUUUAGAAUUUCUAAUUUAUCGAAAUUCAUCGUCCGUCGAACGAUUGUGACAAACAAUCAUCCUGCAACUUUGAGGAAAACCACAAACUUUCCGAUACACCUCGUAGAACGUUCGAAACUCGAAAUGGCAAACAUCAGCGUUAAAAUCGUCGACGCGUCUAUUUUACCUUCGCUGUGUGAAAGUUUCACGAUCAUCGUCGAAUAUUAGUUUCGAUUCGGGGCGAUAUUAUCCCUCUUGCUAUCGCCACUUGCGACGCCAUUUGAGAAUUUCUCUUCUUACCGAGCAGCUCGAUAUAAAUAGACACCGAUAUACUAGACACCGCAGAACGCGUGACGUGUAGCCAAGGCGGGCCGAUUCGCUAUUUAAAUAAUCUUAAUUAAUAUCCACCGGCAUAAAUGGAAUGGAUGCUCGUCUAUUUACGAUCUUUCUCCUUCGCGAACACACCGUGGUCGUUCGAAACUCGGAAAGGUCUAAUAACAUCUGGUUUGGAAGAUCGAUCCGAUCGUUGUGUACAGGCCUUUACUUAGGCGCGUCCCUUACAUUCGCGACACGUGCUGCACUCGGAGAAUAGUCGCAGCAAAGUGUCCAAGCGCAAACGAACGUGAACGAUCGAACGAGAACUUAGGAGAUCCGCACGAGACUGGCAGAGAAAGAGAUAAAACGGGAGAAACAGACUCGGAGAAUUUUUAAAGAUCCUCUUUAGUUUCUAUCUCUGCGACGACUGCGUGAAACGACAUCGUUAACUUGUUGACCGGGCAACACGAAUUGGCACGUCGUUCGAAUAAUAUCUUUAUCUAGAUUUGCCCCGUCUUUUUACCUACGAAGGUUACAGUUCAAUGUAUCUCCGAUUCAGCUCGUCGUUUGGCUGCUAAUUUUUAACAACGUAAUUAUAGAAACUCGUGGUUAGGAGACACGCCGUUUAACAGGUUAACGCACGUAGAUUCGCCGUGGCAAACGCGAUCACCAGCAACGUUACGAAUUGAACGUAAUUCUCCGCCGUAUCGUUCCGUUCUCGAGAUCUCGUUCGUACACGGAGACCGGCCAAGAGACGCUUAGGAUUCGCAGAACGAUCUGGAAACGAGCGAGGCUAAUUUCUUGGCAACGAUAGCGAUAGCGCCUAACCGACUUAUCGCUGCCUCUCUGCGAAAUACCACGAUAUUCGAUCAAUACGUGCAGGUAUUCGACGCACAGGGUGCACACGCGUUUCAUUCGCGUGGAAAGGGGCUGCUGUUUGGCGGUUUCAGCGCGUCAGUCGGCGAGUGGAAAAACCGAAAGGACGAAUUUCGAAACAGGGAGAAAGCACGAGGAUAAAACGCACCCGUAUACCUACGGGUGGUUGAAACCUAAAUGGAGGGGAGAACGAGGCAACGGGAAUCUACCUACCUGAGAAACCUUCGGGAAAGUGGGCUAAACACUGUGACAAGGCCCAACCGUCUCCUAUGUCAUGCGAUUUAUCUGCAAAACUAGCGAAUUAUCGUCGUGAGCGUUUCGUUAUCGUCGCUCACGGAUGAGCCAGCUGCUCUUCGAAAGAAAACACCGCAUAACGAUAAAUACAUAUCGCAUUUGGAAUUCUAAUCUAUUUGUUUCGUCGUUCCAAGUACGAGUUAGAGUAUAGGUACUAUCGCCGACAAUUCGGUGGCGCAAUAAGAAAAAUGUCGGGAAUGGGUAAAAGGACGUAUCUUCGCGAGGUGAACCCCUACCUUAUUUGUCCGUUGUGCAUAGGAUAUCUUAUAGACGCGACUACCGUCGUCGAGUGUUUACAUUCGUUUUGUAGGAGCUGUAUCCUCAAGCAUCUCAACAGGGAAGCUUACUGUCCUUCUUGCAAACAUGUCCUCAACAAAGCCAAGCCGAACAUCAAAGCGGACAAGGCGUUGCAAGAUAUCGUGUACAAAUUGGUGCCUGGACUGUAUCACAAAGAGAUGCGCAGGAGAAGAGAAUUUUACAAAAAACAUCCUGAACAUGCGGAUUUAGCGACACCGGAACAGCGCGGAGAAGACGUGAGCGGAAGGUUGAUCUUCGCUCCAGAAGACGCAGUUAGCUUAAGCUUAGAAUAUCUACCGCCUGGGGCAGAUCCUCUGACCAUCCUUCUUAGCACUAACGACGACACCAACAACUCGAACGCAUCUAACAAUCAAAGUAAUAGCAGUAACAACGGUAAUAAUAAUAGCAAUAGCAACGGCAUCGGCAAUCACAGCACAAAUACAACAAGUAACAGGCGCUACCUUCAGUGUCCGGCACUUGUGACUAUCGCGCAUUUAAAGAAAUUCCUAGCUUUGAAAUACAGCGUCGAUAUGACGAGAUACAACAUCGAAAUUUGCCAUCGACGUGCCCCGCUGCCGGAACACUGGACCCUCAUGGACGUCGCUUACAUUUACGCGUGGAAAAGGAACGCACCGAUGCGAUUUUUUUACCGAGUAGCGUUGGAAGAGCAGAGGUUAGAGGCACCUCCUCAUGACAGGCCAUCCACACCAGGUUUAGGUGCUAGUUUGCCUCCCGUUGACGCAGUAACGCGAGAUGACGAUAACUCGGACAAUCCUGAGAACGGCAUCGAAGCUAAGCCGGAAGCAGAGCUUUCGAACGAUACUGAGCAGAAACCUGCGUUGGACAAUCAGAGCAAAGUCUCGAACGAGAAACCGCGCUCUCCGAGUCAUCAAGUGCCCUCGAAUGAAACCAAGGAAGAGACUAGUAAAGAGGAACAACCGUCGAGUACGGUAACAACGUCGACAAGCGCUACGUCGACGACGGUUUCUGUAACAUCGACAAAUAGCACAUCGACGACGACGGCAACCGACACGAUUGCCUCGUCCGCGUCCGCGUCCGCGUCCACGUCCACGUCAACAUCCACGUCCACGUCAACAUCCACGUCCACGUCAACAUCCACGUCCACGUCAACAUCCACGUCCACGUCCACGUCAACAUCCACGUCCACGUCCACGUCCACGUCCACGUCCACGUCCACGUCCACGUCAGAUAGCGAAACUAAACAAAUUAAAACACCUAUCAAAAUAUUGAAGAAUCCAGACGGAAGGUACGAAGUCUUAAGAAGCCCGCCAGGUAGUUGGAAUUCGAAAGAACAGAGUGCUAGGAGUAUCGAAACGAAACCAUCGAAUCCAGAAUUUAGUGUCGUGAGUAUAGGCAAUGGUCAGAAUUCGAACGGAGUGAAGAUCACGUUGAAGCAAUGUACACCGAACAAUUCGAGUCCGAACAAGCCGAAAGUUAUCAGCAACGUGUUACUGCAUUGCGGUCAGGUUGACAAAGAUAACCCUGAUUCGUUAGUGAUUCAGCAGCUUCACAGAGAUAAAGAGAAACGUCAGACAGAGAAGCAGGAGAAACAAAAGAGGAGGGUAACUUUCGUGGAACGAUCUAUCCCUGAGAAGACGGUGGCCAGUAACGCGUUAAAGAGUAUACAAAAGAAACCAGGGGAACAGCAGGAGAAGAAACAGUUCCUCCAAGGUUUCCAGUUGACAGCCAGAGAGUCAGCAUCCGAAAUGGCUUUAGAGUCUUCCUCUAAGUUUAACGAAGCGAAUACCAACAAUGAGACGAAUGAGACGCGAAAGAAGGGCAAUGCCACGUCGAAGAAGGAGGACGGUAUAGCGACAGAGACUUUGAAUAAUGUAAAUGAGAACUCAAAGAAUAAAAGCAACAACGAGAACAUUGGGGUAAAUGCGAGUGGGAACGCUGCGAGUGCGAGUAAACGGGUUGCAACUAUGGCCGGAAUUGGCAACGCGCGAGUGAAUGCAAAUAAACAGUGCAGUGACGUAGAUAUGUGCACAUUUGGAUACUCGAAGAAUACGAACGUAGGUAUGAACAUCAACGUAAAUAGCAGUCCCGCGAAGAUGGAUGUGUAUACGUUUUCCAACGACCCACCGGUAGUUCCCGCGGGAGCUGUGAAAAGGAAAUGUCCGCCAGGUCUACCGAUCUUCGAUAUCAAGAAAAGGAAGCAUAUUUCGAGCCAAGUGCCGAAAAAGCAAACUCAAGUACAUCCGCCUGCAGUCGUGCAAAACAACGCCAAGUCACCUCGAAAACUUCCAAUGGAGCACGUUAUUUCGGUGAAACGGGCGAACAUAGUCGGAGAAGCUGGUCCUAGUCGUGCACCCACGACACCAAGUACGAAAUCUUCGCCGACUCCGGUACUUUCCAACGACACAAGGAAUAUAUUAGACGGCUGCGGAUUGAACAUUCCUGCGAGCCUCAGUAUAACUCUGACAGCGCCAAAAUCACCCGCGAACAAUGUUGGAUUUACCGAACCAAAUGAUUCCAAAGAUAAUCGAAAGAAUACGCUGGGAAAAGUCAGUCCCAGUAUAACUCUUAACGAUAGAUCGGUCGAUCCACGAGUACUGAAAGCCUUGAAGACGGGACAGAUUAGAAUGCCCGCACCGUCGAAACCAAGGCAGCCUAAGCAAUCGGAACGCGAUGCGAACCAACAACGGCAGGCGUCGUCCGCUAAACGAGAAAGGGACCAGGAAUCGAGAGACAUUUUGGACCUCAGCGGAGGGAAGAAGAUGGACAUACACCCGUUAAGAAUACCACAGCCAGUAACGAAACUUAAAGCAAAACCGACGAUCAGAGAAAUGCCAAAUAUCUCGGAUCAGGGACAAGUUGUAACGCUCGUUGGUGGCCAUAGGUAUUAUCGUGCGCCACCAGGUUCUUUGACUCCAGCAGCGCAUAGAGUGAACGAUUGUCCGCUUCCAACGCCUUCGAGAACACCAGUUUACGCUCCUGGAUUCUCCAGUCCUUUAAACAACAGCAGGUACAACACAAAUCUUUCAUCCGUUUUUCCCAGUCUGCAAAGUCUGUAUGCCUUGAGCCAAGCACCGAAUCUUCAGCAGUUUCAGACAGACGCGAGGCUAAGGCUACCUCGAGGGACGGACGCUAAUUCCACCAUAUCUAACAACGAUAAUCGAAAUAUGAACGCUAAUGUAUCCGGGAAAAGUCAUCUAGCUGCCCAAUGCGCGCCAGUGAAACCGGUAAGAUCGUCUGUGGCGCCUUUGGCUGUUGCGAUACCUAAACAACAACAACAAUCGAACGAUAAAUCAACGUGUAUAAACAAAUCUGUCUCGAAUGAGAUUAGUAAAACACCUGUGUUUCGCGGUAACGAAUCUCUCGACUCCACGGAGUCUGGUCAACAAUUGUCCGUCCAAACCAAGUACUCGUCGGCCGCGGAAUCUAACAAUCGAUACCCGCCGCGAGCUACCAAUAACAGCAACAUGAACAACGAAAACAAAACGUCUACUGAAGCGACUCGUAAUUGUAGUUUGGAAACUACUAAUGAUGCGAGAAAGGAACCGGACAAUUCGUCACGGCAGACGCCUCAUCGCGAAGCAGCCAGUCCAAGAGUAUCAUCUACGGCUUCUCCGUCACCACCACCUGGAGAUACUAACGCGAAUACGAUUAACGAAACUACCAGCGGUCAUACCGAUAAUAUGAACACCGCUUCCAAUGGAAUAGACAACGAUCUACCUGCACCGAGUCCGACGAAGAAGAACAACGCAGGUGCGGAGGUAUCGAGUAGCAAAUCGCCUGCUAGUCCAGACUCUAGUUCGGUAACUAUCGAAAGUCCUUCCAGCAAAAGCUGCACCACGGUGGAACAAGGAUGCCCUUCUCCCUCACAAACGUCAGAUACGGUCAAAUCAUCGGAGAAUUCGACAAAGGUUGAGAAUAACGUCACAGAAGACUCGACGAACGAUAACGAAAACAAAGCUUCCACCGAGCAACCUGCCACGAAACAAUUGACUUCGGAGAUUUUUCAAAAAAGGUUUCUAGCCGCGUUUCCUUCUAACGAAUGGGCAAAUAACCCGAUAGCUGCGGAACACUUAGGCAACUUCUUGAAAAGUUUGAACGCGUCGAUCAAAUCAGAGAAUAAAAUGGAUAGCAAGGGAUCGGAAAAGGUCGAGAGCCAACUCGCGUGUAACGAUGCAACGCGUUUAAAUAACGAAGUGUCAUCGAAAUCUCGAACAGACGUUACCGAAUCAUCGUAAAUACAAGCAUUGAUUUAAAGAUGAAUCGAACACUUCCUCUUUAAACGAAGAAUACAUCAGCUACAUCACUGCCAGAUACCAAUGUAAUGUUAUCGAAUGACUCUUAGCGUGGAUAUGAGUACCAAUUUCUAAAUAAUUGAAAUGCUUUAAGGUCUUAUUAGGGGAAUACGGCAUACGCAUGCUGUACAAUACAGGGAAAAUACAGCACAGAUGCUGGAAAUUUUAUUUUUUCAAAUUUUUUAAGGCCAUACGUCCUUCAAGAAAUUUCAUCCAUAUGUGUAGUUGCUUUGUCGAAACAACAAUGUUCCACGAGUCGCUCGAUUUCAACUAAAAAUAUCAUUUUAAGUGAUUAAUGGACAAAAAUAUGUUUGUCAAAUAUGAUUGAUAUUAUUCGUAGAUUGAUUUUACUUCUAAUGUGAAAAUUGUUCCUACUUCGGUCCACACUAUGAUUAUGCGAAAGCAGAACGUUCAUCGAAGUACCUCGCAAUUGUGUAAAAAUUUGUUGUCAAGAUUUUAAUUUUCGAUUAUUCAAACUCAAUGAUUGAUUAGGUGAAACUCAAAGCUAAUCAGCACAACGAAAAAUCGAAUAGCCGAUACCGAACUUGCUUUCCUAUUCGUUUAACAAUUAUAAAACGUGUACGUAAUAAGAAACACAGGGACCGAAAUUAAGAAAGAAAAGAAGUCGAAGAAACUAAAUACAAUUAUUUCUGCAACGUAUGAAUGAUAUCUAUGCUGUUGUUCUUUCGUUAUUUACUUUCGUACGUUACGUUUCACUAUGAGUUGAUAUUAUGUAUAUGUUGUAUAAUAAUUGUUAUGUUAUGCGACUGUAUUAUAUUAUAUAUAUUAUUUCCUUA